ACCUCUUUUGGAGGGAAACCCAAACCCAACUGCAAAAACAUGCUUGAACUUCAUGAAAACUUUUAACACUUUACAUGAAGCUAGGCAUCAAAUUCUUUACUCUUCAAUCACAAAAGCAUUAUCAUCUGUAUCAAAUUCUAAACAACUGCACAAAAUCCACUCGAUAAUUAUAACUCUAGGACUUGAAAACUCUGUCCUCUUUUCUGGUAAACUUAUAAGCAAAUAUGCUCAGUUCAAAGACCCAACUUCUUCACUCUCAGUUUUCCACCGAGUUUCAUCGACAAGCAAUGUUUAUCAAUGGAAUUCAGUUAUUAGAGCUCUUACCCACAAUGGGUUGUUCUCUAAAGCACUUGGGUUUUACACCCAAAUGCGAAAAAUGGAUGUUUUGCCUGAUAAGUAUACAUUCCCUUCUGUUGCAAACUCGUGUGCGGCGUUGGUUGAUAUUGAGAUGGGAAAAGUUGUUCAUGAGAAUGUGUUGGAUAUGGGUUUAGGCUCAGAUUUGUAUAUUGGGAAUGCCUUGGUGGAUAUGUAUGCGCGAUUUGGUUGCUUGGCUGAAGCUUUAAAGGUGUUUAAUGGAAUGCCUGAAAGAGAUGUUGUGUCUUGGAAUAGUUUGAUUUCGGGGUAUAGUGCAAAUGGGUAUUGGGAAGAAGCAUUGGAAGUUUAUAAUAUGGCAAGAAUGGCGGGAAUUAUGCCAGAUUGUUAUACUGUUUCCACUGUUUUGCCUGCAUGUGGUGGAUUGGUGGAUGUUAAAGAAGGUGAGGUAGUUCAUUGUUUGGUUGAGAAGAUUGGACUUCACAGGGAUGUUGUUGUAAGUAAUGGACUUCUUUCUAUGUACUUCAAGUUUAAUAGGCUUGUGGAUGCGCGAAGGAUUUUUGAUGAGAUGGUAGUUAGAGAUACUGUUAGUUGGAAUACAUUGAUAUGCGGGUAUUCUCAGAUGGAAUUAUUCAAAGAGUCGAUCCUGUUGUUUAUGCAGAUGGUUAAUAAGUUUGAACCUGACUUACUGACAAUUACUUCUGUUCUAUGUGCUUGUGGUCAUUUACGUGACUUGGAAUUUGGAAAAUUUGUACAUGAGUACAUGAAGAGAAGCAGGUAUGAGAGUGAUACUACUGCUGAUAACAUUCUUAUUGAUAUGUAUUCAAAAUGUGGUGACUUGCUGGCUUCACGUGAAGUAUUUGACAGAAUGAUAUGCAGGGAUUCUGUGUCGUGGAACUCUAUAAUUAACGGUUAUUUUCAAUAUGGAAAAUAUGAUGAGGCAGUGAAACUUUUUAGGAUUAUGAAAAUUGAUUCGAAAGUUGAUUCUAUCACUUGUGUGAUGCUCCUCUCUGCUUCUACUCAGUUAGCAGACAAGGACCUAGGAAAAAAAAUUCACUGUGAUGUGACUAAACUGGGAUUUGAUUCUGAUAUCAUUAUCAAUAAUGCUAUGAUUGAUAUGUAUGCUAAAUGUGGGCAAAUAAAUGACUCUAUGAAAAUAUUUGAAUACAUGAAAACUCAUGAUAGAGUUUCAUGGAAUACAAUUAUCACAGCAUGUGUUCAAUCUGGGGAUUUCACUUUAGGUUUGAAAUUGAUUCAUCAAAUGAGGACUGAGGGAUUGAGGGCUGAUGUGGCCACUAUAUUAGGCAUCUUGCCUAUGUGCUUUUUUCUUGCUGCCAAACGGCAAGGUCAAGAGAUCCAUGGAUGUAUUUUCAGAUUAGGCUUUGAAACAGAUGUUCCAGUUGGGAAUGCACUAAUUGAAAUGUACUCUAAAUGUGGUAGUUUAACAAUUUCUCUCGAAGUAUUUGAUCGUAUGAAAGUGAGAGAUGUGGUUACAUGGACUACUAUGAUCUCUGCAUAUGGGAUGUAUGGUGAAGGCAAGAAAGCAUUGAGAGCUUUUGCAGAGAUGGAAGCAACUGGUGUUAUUCCUGACCAUGUUGCCUUUGUUGCCAUCAUCUAUGCUUGUAGCCAUUCAGGUUUGGUCGAAGAGGGUUUGGCUUCCUUCGAUCGGAUGAAAAAAGUUUACAACUUGGAGCCUCGGAUCGAACAUUAUGCUUGUGUAGUUGAUCUCCUUUCUCGUUCUGGAUUGAUUUCUAAAGCAGAGGAGUUCAUCUAUUCAAUGCCAAUGAAGCCAGAUGCAAGUAUAUGGGGAUCUCUACUUAGUGCUUGUCGAUCAUGUGGUAACAUAGAGGUAGCACAACGUGUCUCUGAGCGGAUCCUUGAGUUAAAUUCAAAUGAUACUGGGUAUUAUGUUUUAGCAUCCAAUGUAUGUGCCAUUUUAGGGAAGUGGGAUCAAGUUAGAAUGAUACGAAAAUCCAUAAAAGCUAGAGGGCUCAAAAAAGAUCCUGGAUGUAGCUGGAUAGAAAUUAAAAGAAGGUUGUAUGUGUUUGGAACUGGGGACAAGUUCUUUGAGCAGUUUGAUGAGGUUACUAAGUUACUAGGGAUAAUUUCUGGUUUGAUGGCUAAGGAAGGUUAUGUUGCUGAUCUGAGAUAUGUUUUGCAUGAUAUUGAAGAGGAUGAGAAGAGAGACCUGCUUUGUGGGCACAGUGAAAGGCUUGCCAUAGCAUUUGGAUUAUUAAACACAAAGCCAGGGACUCCAUUGCAUAUCAUGAAAAACCUUCGUGUUUGUGGGGAUUGUCACACUGUGACCAAGUAUAUAUCAAUGAUUAUGCAAAGAGAAAUAUUAGUAAGAGAUGCCAAUCGCUUUCAUAUCUUCAAGGAUGGAAUAUGUAGUUGUGGAGAUCAUUGGUGACGGAUCUCUUUACUUGUUCACAUUUUUUAUGGCUGAAAAGUAUGUAUGGUAGUAUUCAAAGCUUAUAUUUGUGCCCCAUUCAUCUUGCAGUUUUAUUACUUUUUUUAUUGGACAUGAUUUCUUGACUAUGCAAGGAUGAUCUUUCAUAGUUUCCAUCA